AUGAGUGUGGGACAAGCAGUUGAGGCAAUGCCCGCGGGCCUGAGCAACUUGCUGCCGUUGCAAUCUCCGCAUAGCCCUAAAAAUUCCACAAUGGAGAAGACGAUGAGGGCGUCGACAGAUAGGGCACCUUAUCCACCACGAGGUGAGGGUGCAGGCGCGGUUGCCGGUACAGGUUCCGGCGUUGUUGCAGCCACAGUUCGGAGCGCUGGUGUAGGCCCGGAAGCAGAUGAUAUACCCACUGACAAUUUGAAUUUCUACGAUAAUAAGACGGCUCUUGAUAAUUUAUUGACAAAACCAGAUGGACUAUUUUACAUAAUAGAUGAUGCGUCUCGAACCAGUCAAGAUCAAGAUCUUAUUAUGGACCGUGUUGUGGAAAAGCAUAGCCAAUUCGUUAAAAAGCACACAGCUACCGAAAUAUCAGUCGCACACUACACCGGGCGAAUAAUAUAUGAUACUCGGGCCUUCACAGAUAUCAAUCGUGACUUUGUGCCUCCAGAAAUGAUCGAAUCUUUUCGAUCGUCAAUGGAUGAAAAUAUAAUGUUAAUGUUUACAAAUCAACUAACUAAAGCAGGAAACUUGACUAUGCCAUUUGAAAGUGUGCAACAUAAACCAGAAGAUUCUCAGAGAAAAUCUUAUCCACUAAAUACUUURUCAGCUGGUUGUAUUUCGCAAGUGAAUAACCUCCGAACUUUGGCCGCAAACUUUCGCUUCACUUGUUUAGCUCUCCUCAAAACUUUGACACUUAGUAGUAAUUUGGGUGUACACUUCGUUCGGUGCAUAAGAGCAGACUUAGAAUAUAAGCCGCGAGCGUUUCAUAGUGAUAUGGUGCAACAACAAAUGAAGGCUCUUGGGGUAUUGGAUACAGUGGUUGGCAGACAACGAGGCUACUCAUGUCGGAUCACUUUUCAAGAAUUUCUUAGACGUUAUCAAUUUUUAGCAUUUGAUUUUGAUGAAACUGUGGAUAUUACCAAAGAAAAUUGUCGUCUGUUAAUGAUUCGUUUAAAAAUGGAAGGCUGGACAAUUGGAAAAACUAAAGUAUUCUUACGAUAUUAUAAUGAUGAAUUUUUGGCAAGAUUAUACGAAGUCCAAGUGAAAAAAGUGAUUAAAGUUCAGUCUAUGAUGAGAGCAUUGCUAGCACGAAAGCGAAUGAAAGGAGGCAAGGAUCCCAAAAAAGCAAAAGGAGUCACUCGCAAUGAUGAGGCAGCCACUAAAAUACAAAAAGCUUUUCGUGGAUAUCAUGAAAGACAACGUCUUCAGCCCUUAGUCAAUGAAAAAACGGGCCAAUUGAAUGAAGAAACAGCGGUAUUUAUACGAGUGUAUGCUAAAAAAUGGCGAGAAAAAUCUUUAUUUCAAGUCUUGUUACACUAUCGUGCAGCCAGAUUUCAGGAUUUCGUUAACUUAGCACAACAGGUACACAUUUAUAAUCAAAGAUUUUUCGCUGGAAUAAAUAAAUGUACACGUAACGUACCAUUUGAUCGGAUAAACACGCGCGAAGUGAACUCUUCUCAACUUGGGCCACUGCCUAUACCGACAAAAAAGCUACCAUUCCGCUUAGAUCAAAUUCCUUUCUAUGAUACCCAAUAUAUGGUUAAUGCAGCUAAUUCAAUAUCUAGACAAAAUUUCUCAAAUACUUUAAUCACUUACGACGACGAAGAUGCCUGGGAUAGUCCGCUACAACGGAAUCCUUCUAUAACUUCGUGUUUACUAACAUACAAUGCGUAUAAAAAAGAACAAGCAUGCCAGACGAAUUGGGAUCGGAUUGGAGAGAGUGACGUAAUCUACAACCAAAACUAUUAUCGAGAUCCACAGCUUGUAAAAAGGUGAAAUAUUUUUACUGCGGACAAUUCGGAUUAAUU